UCACAUAGAUAUAGAACUAUCUGACAUCUAUUUUUGGAUUACUGCGUGAGUUGUCUCUUCGCGCUGUUUGGUAGAACCUUCUUUAAAGAAUGUGCGCGUGUCUGAAACAUUUGUACUUCUAAAUAAUGUCUUUGGUCUGAAAGGGUCUCAAAGGUACACACGGUCGCAGGUUGCUGGUAUUCAAUCGACCUUUUAUUUAUUUAUUCAAACUACUGAAUCUUACGUGUAGACUUCCAACAAAUGGCAGCUGAGUUCCCGAAGAGAAUUCCAUAUUGUUUCCAUCCUACAGUGAAAUUUGAUCCUUUACCUGGGGUGAAAGCUAAUCAAUCGCCGAGGCUUGAUGGAGGAACGAGACUUGGCUGCCAGGCCAGUUGAGCGUGCAGGAAGUGCUAAAAAAUGGAGACCUCAUCUCACACGCCACUAUUGACAGAAAUGAGAAGUAACGCGUCAGCUCCAGCCCUGGGCGUUGCAUUAGUCAAGGUUCAGCUUGAUGCCGGAAUGAGUGAGCAUCCAUUAACCCAACGGGCUGUCAACUCCGUCAGCGAGCUACCUCCAGCCUGCCCUCUAGGAAAGCGCAAAUCGACUGGCGCUUCGCUGGUCAAGAUUUCGUGCAACGCGGGCUCCAAGGAGUUGGUCGACAUCAGAGACUCUGCCAGGGAUGAAGUCAUCCCAUGCAUGUGCUGUGAAAUUAAUAACGAUGAUGGUCAAAACCUUCGCAGCCCUCUGUUUGCAGCAGCUCCAACUGAAUCGGGGCGUUUUCAAAAUGGCGCUGCAGCCUCUGCCGAUGCGGCCACCGGGCAAUCGACUGACCGUCCCCGUCUGGAGACCAGCCGAUCGCUGCCCUCGAUCCUUCUCGUCCCCGAGCGCACCCGACGAGAUUUCUGUCAAACCCCAGCGUCGCACGAAGCUAGGUGCUCACCACAGUCGAGCUCGCACCGACCCGUCGAUCCCCCCUCUUCCGUCCUAAGACAAUCGCAACGAGUCACUGGGAUUGUGAGUGAUUCCAUGCUGAGCCUGCCGACCGGAGACAUCUGUCGCAUCUGCCACACCGGUGGACGCCAUGAGUCCUUGAUAGGACCCUGUCUCUGCGCCGGGUCGAUGAGAUACACGCACCAGCGAUGCCUGACCACCUGGCUGGCCCAGAGCGGCCGGUCUCGAUGCGAACUCUGCGGUUACAAGUUCAAGACCAAGUUGGUGGGAUCCCGGAAUAUAUUCCAGUGGAAGGUUUUCCCUCUCACUGUGACGGAUAAGCUUCAUCUGAUCAUCUUCGCCUUGUCUGUCAUCCUCUUCACCGGGACCACGGCCUACAUCACCUGGACCGCGACCAAGUCUGACGUCAUGUCGUCCGUGGACCCGGCCUCCCUGGCGACGCAAAUCCUACUGCCGGUCUACUGCAGCCUGAGCUUCGUGUCGCUCGGCCUGCUUGUGUACGAGACGAAGAGCACAUGCCUGCGCCUGGUACGGCGCUGGAGGGCGCUCAACAUGGGCCUGCAGAUUGUGGAGCGCGAUCCUGGUGAGGAGAACACGCGUGCCGGUGACGGUGUCGAUGACGAUGCUGCUCACCAGUCGGGACCGUCCAUCAGCGGGCUAAUCUCGUGUGUCGAGGGAAGGGCUUGGGGACGGGUGAGAGCAGGCAGUGAGAACCAGACGGUCCACACGCGGGGUGACGGCAUGCCCAGCGGUUGGAGCGUGUGGUCCGAGGCCCCGACGGGCUGCUAAGAGACGGGCGGUCGGGGACUCUUCCUCCAAACCUCUGGUGCUGGUUUAGCAAAUCGAAGAAGAAACCGUGUCAAUCUUAAAGUAGUACCGUUAUGCAUUAGGGGAGUGUAUCAGCAGGGAAUUAAGUUUGAAAGCAAUUUGGAAAGAUAAUAAUUCCAAGAAACGUGAAAACAGUACCUUUAAAUGGUUAACUUGAGCAUUUACAUAUGUUUUUAUCACUUUAUGCAAAACCGCAGAAAGUUUACUAAGAUUGAAUCGCUCGGCAUUUGUCGAUUACACGGGACCAACCCUUAUUAAAAAAAAAUUCAGACAGUGCAAGAUCUUCGGCAGGGUUAAAGAUUAACAGUUGUUCACGACACAUUCUGCCUGGCCUAUAUUAUCUACAGUGUGACGGCCGGAGCGGAGGGUUAAUUUCCUGCCGUUGCUAAUUCUGCUUUAACGAUGACGGCCCGUCACCCUGCCCAAUCUGGAUGGGCUUUGUGUUCAAAGGGGAGUACUCGUGCAUAGGCAUCGCUGGGGGAGUGGGUGGCAAGAUGGGAGGGGAAAUGAAAAGUGAGAGGGAAAGAAAAAAGAAGGCAGGGGGUGCAAAUAACAAUUUGUUAGAGAAUACCUGGAUAUUGGCCCCCUCCACAAAUGAAUUUUGUUCUCUAGUUUGCUGCUGAGUGCUUUGCCCCUCCUCCCCCCCCAAAAAAAAAUCCUUGCGACGCCUACGAUGAUUUGUGCGAAUUGUCUUCGUUGGAUAAAGUCUGAUUAAAGAAUAAGAAAGACAAAGGG